ACAGCCAGACCUUAAAAUUCGAUAGUCAUCUCAACACAAUGGCGCCCUCAAGCUUAAUAUCGGCUUCGCUGCUCUGCUUCGUAACCUUUGCUCUUGCCGCACCUAUCAACCCCAAGGACAUCCUUGUCCGACUCAAGAGCGAGGAAACUUGUUGCACUGCCUUGGAAUAUUUCCUCCCGGAGAAAGUCGUGUUCCAAACGGAGUCCAAUUAUUUCAAGUCACAAACAUCGUUCUAUUCCGCGCAAGAACAGAGCAUCAAGCCAAGCUGUAUUGUGAUUCCGACAAGUAAACAGGAUGUAUCGACUGCAGUCACGAUACUCAAUGUGGGCUUUCAAGCCUCGAUACCCGGCUGCAGCUUUGCCGUGAGGGGAGGAGGACACACUCCGUUUGCGGGAGCAGCGAACAUCGAAGGUGGUGUAACACUUGAUAUGCAGAGCAUGAAUUCAGUCACCAUCGCCAGCAACAAGCAAUCCGCAGUCAUUGGAGCCGGAAACCGCUUUGGUAACGCUUAUGGCCCAUUCGACGACCAAGAUCUUGCAAUGAUAGGAGGUCGUUUGACCACCGUAGGAGCCGGUGGCCUACUCACGGGAGGUGGCGUAUCCUUCUUCUCCGGUCUCUACGGCUUGGCCUGCAACAACAUCCUCUCGCACGAAGUCGUCCUCUCCAAUGGCACAAUUCUAACCGCAUCCCCAACAUCCCACCCAGACCUCCACCGCGCCCUCAAAGGCGGCAGCAAUAACCUCGCAGUUGUAACCUCCUUCACCGUCUCGCUCCACGACCAACCUGCGUUCUGGGGCGGCUCCAUCUCGCAGCCCGUCACCAACAAAGACGCAGCAAUCUCAUUCAUGGCCUCCUUCUCCCGCAGCGAAACAUACGACCGCAAUGCCGCCCUCAUCUUCACAUUCGUCUGGGUUUCAGGCCUCCCACUAUCCAUCAUCCAUUACGCCACAUACGCCAACGGCAGCGCGACAUGGCCUCCUCCAGCCUUUGCGCCUCUAGACGCACAGCCAAAACUCUCGUCGUCAAUCCGCAAAGAGAAAAUCUCUAGCUUCGCAACCGAACUGGCAAACGAAGCGAACCUGUUCAAGGGGCUGCCAAACAUGUUCCUCACCGUCUCCUUCGUCAACGACGGAGGCGCUAAAGCCGAGGAAUACAUGUCAAAGGUCGUCCAGCUCUCAGACCAAGUCACAAAGGACCUUCUUCUCGUCGUCGGCUUCGCUCUGACACUGACUUUCCAACCCCUCCCGCACGUGCUGUACUCGCAAGACGCGUCGUCCAAUGUCCUUGGCCUCGACCGCUUCGAAGACGACCUGAUAAACGUCUUGUACGUUACGUCUUGGACGCUAGCACUUGAUAAUGAGAUAGUGUAUGCAAGGCUCAAAGUCCUGGAGCAGGAUUUGGUGGCGCUGUCGCGGGAGAUGGGGAUUAGCAAUGAUUGGUUGUAUUUGAAUUAUGCGGCCGGGUGGCAGGAUCCAAUUGAGAGUUAUGGGGAGGCGAGUGUCGGGUUUUUGAGGGAUGUAGGGAGGCGGUAUGAUGGGGCUGGGAUUUUUCAGAGGGGGGUUCCGGGUGGAUUCAAGCUGUAG